AUGUUUAGCAAGGCGGUGUACCCAGCUUUAGAAGAGCUUAAGGAACCACUUACGUGGCAACAGCUUAAUAUAUUGCAGAAUCAGUUACAAUCGGAAGAACCAAACCCCUCUCCACAAACACAGUUCAAUUAUGCUUGGGGUCUAAUUAAAUCAGAUUCACACAAGAAUCAGCAGCAAGGAGUAGAUAUUCUUUUACAACUAUAUAAAGCAGAAAUAUCCAUGAAAAGAGAAGUUUUGUAUUACCUAAGUUUGGGAUCUUUCAAACUUGGUGAUUACUCAGAUGCCAAAAGGUACGUGGAGAUGUUGCUAAAGAUUGAACCAGGAAACGCACAGGCACAACAGUUGUUGAAGGAUAUCGAUGACAAAGUGACGACUGACGGGUUGAUUGGUAUAGGAAUUGCCGGUGGUGUACUCGCUGUUGGUAUAGGUCUCAUCGGCACCUGUAUUGCAAAAACUGUUUUGAGAACAUUUAAUGACUUGCGUAUCAAUUCUGGAAAGCCGACCAUAAGGUCCAAUGGGGUUAAAGAAUGGACAGUGCUAGCAAGCGUGGUGGCCAUAGUUGGCGAACAAAUACACCCCAUCACGCUAGCGACGGGAGUAAAAGUUUUACCUAACUCAGUUCGAUCGUACUCUCGUGGAAUGAUUGUUCAUGAUAUGCAUGCUGAAAUUUUGGCAUUACGAUUAUUCAAUUUUUUCAUACUCGAGGAAUGCACGAAGAAAGACUCCUUUUGGGUUAAGCAACUAGAAGGGAAAUUCCGAUUUUUAGAAACUGCACAAUUGGCACUUUUUGUAACAGAACCACCCUGUGGAGAUUUGUCAAUGAAGAACUUGUCUGCGUUGCUCGCCUCGAAUGAACCAUGGCUAAACGAGACAAAUUCACCAAGUAUUAUUCAUAGAGGUAGGAACAACUUUGGGGAUCUUGGUGUAGUGCGCACCAAGCCUGGGAGGUCAGAUAGUUUGAUUUCCUACUCCAAGUCGUGUUCUGAUAAACUAUGUUUGAGACAAUUGACAGGUAUUUGCAAUGCGACAACAGCAUCAAUAUUCGAAAAGAUUUUUAUCCGAUAUUUGGUGGUGAACAAUGUUGACGACGAGGACUUUCAUAGAUGUUUCAUUGAGAGAUUUCAAAAUGCAACCAAUUUCCAGAAGCUUAUCUUGCUCAAAUAUGAUCAUGACGAAUACAAGUAUCACAAGUGUAAUGGGAGAGAACCGUCGCCAGUAUCAUUGCUUUAUGUAGUUCCUAACAAUCAUGUUCAAGUUUUGAAUAACGGUGUCAAAAGUGGCUCCAAUGUUAAAAACAAGCCCCCCAAGAUGGGAACCGAAAGCCUUGUAUGUAACCGCAACUUCAUUAAAAUGUUAUCGCAAAUACAAAGGAUUCCCCACAACAGUUAUCUCGAAUUCAAGCGAUCAAACGUGAACCGAGAAAGACUAAAAGAUGUAGGCAAAAAGACUUUACAGAAUUGGUGGCCUACAGACGACGACGAUUUCCCUCUCUAUACGUAA